UGUGUCAUGUUAUAAGGCAGGAUGAGGGGCAGCCCCAAGAGGCAUCGGGAGCUGGUGCUGCUGCUGAAGCUGCUGGUGUGGACAGGUCGCUGCUGCUGCUGCUGCUGGUUUGUGGGGGUGACCCUACAUAAUAAUGUGGUCUCCAAGAUACCACUGGCUUCUUCUUCCUAUUGUUUUGGUGCCUUUUUUCAGUUGUGCUCUGGCCAGAAGAGGGCAGGACGUGCAUUGUGGAGCUUGCCGGGCUCUUGUUGAUGAAUUGGAGUGGGAGAUCUCACAAGUGGAUCCCAAAAAGACAAUUCAGAAAGGAUCUUUCCGAAUAAACCCAGAUGGCUCUCAGUCUAUAAUAGAGGUACCCUAUGCCCGAACAGAAGCCCAUCUUAUGGAAAUUCUGGAGCAAAUAUGUGAAAAGAUGACAGAGUAUGGCGAGAGAACAGACCCAGAUACAAAUCGCAAAAUCUACGUGCGUGUCCUUUCUCGUGAUGGCAAGAAGAUGGAUGCCUCUAAUACUAACAUGGAUAGAGAAGCGAUAUCUGACUUGAAGUUUACAUGUGAGCGUAUCGUUGAAGAGUAUGAAGAUGAGCUGAUUGAAUUAUUCUCUCAUAAUACUGAAAAUGUGAAAGACAAACUCUGCAGUAAACGUACAGAUCUGUGUGACCAUGCUAUGCAUAUAGCUCAUGAUGAACUAUGACCUGAUGCUACUUCUCAUUGACCCAUAAAUCUUCACACAUGUUUACAAAGGAGGAAAGAAGGUGAAAUAUGAAUGAGAUUGUAGCAUAUUUUUUGUCCUUGAAUAUUUUUUACAUUAAAAAUGCAGAAUUAAUUUUGUCAA